AUCGCUCAAUCCGUGUUGAACCUGAUGACAUUGCUCUGCAGCAUCUGCCGUGCUCCUGCUGCGCAACGUUGUUCCGGCUGCCAGCAGGUUGGAUACUGCGGCCGGGACCACCAGCGCCAGGAUUGGAAGGCACAGCAUCGCCACCAGUGCCGUCGGUUUAAAGUUGUUCGUAGCGAGCGGCUCGGGCGUCAUCUGGUGGCUACCAGAAGCAUCCGGCAGGGCGAGAUUAUCUACCGUGACACGCCGUACGCCGUUGGGCCAAAAAUAGCGAACGUGCCGGUAUGUCUGGGUUGCAACCGGAACCUGGUGCCGCUGUUGACCAACACGGUUCAGCGGUUCUACGAGUGUACACAAUGCGGUUGGCCGCUGUGUGGCAAUGGGUGCGAGGGGGCGGACCAGCACAGAGUGGAAUGCGGAGUGCUAAGUGGUAGCGGCUACCGGCCCAACAUUCGCCCCCAUCCGGCCGAUCCGGAACGGCGCGAGUCGGCCUACUGCGUGAUCGUGCCCCUGCGGGUGCUGCUGCUUGAGCGUACGGCGCCCGAAAAGUAUGCAGAGAUCGAGCGCUUCGAGUCGCACCUGGAGCAGCGUCUGGCGAGUCCGCUCUACGGCGUGCUGCGUUCGAAUCUCGUACCGUUCGUACGAUCGGUGCUGGGUCUGCGUCAGUACAGCGAAGAUAUGAUCCUGAAGGUGAGCGCCAUCCUCGACACGAACUGCUACGAGAUCCGGCAGCCGCUCGUGAAGGUUCGUGCUCUCUACCCGCUCGGUGCGAUGCUCUCACACGACUGUGUACCUAACACUAAGCACUACUUCGAUGACCGGCUUGGCAUGGUGCUGGUAGCGACGAUCGAUAUCCCGGAGGGUGCCGUCAUCAAUGUGUCCUACACCCAGCCGCUGCUCGGGACGCUCCAACGGCGGCUGGCGCUCCGGCAGGCCAAGUGUUUUGACUGCAGCUGCGACCGGUGCACCGAUCCGACCGAGUUCGGUACGCACGUUGGUGGUUUCCGGUGCCCAAGCUGCCAGCAGCGCAUUAAGGUACCGAAGGCUACCGGCUGUGACUGGGUCAUCCCAAGUGAUCCCGCCAGCUAUCGCACCGACUGGCGUUGCCAGAACCGGAAGUGCACCUACCAGGAACCCGCGCAAGAGUACGCGAGACGCUGCGAAAAGCUGCAGGCAGAGCUGCUUGCGCUCGACCGAACCGAACCGGACGACUACGAGGCGUUCCUGGUGCGUCACGAACCAAUUCUGCACGGCUGGAACGCCUACGUGCUGCAGGCCAAAUACGCUCUGACGCAACUCCUCGCCGGCCGGCGUGAACAGGCCCCGAAUGAUGCUCCAGCGCGCCGGUUGGUCGAUCUUUGCCGUGAUUUGCUAGGAGUAGCUCAAAAGCUCGAACCCGGCUACGGUUACUUCCGGACGAAAUUGCUUCUCGAGCUGGCUAACUCGCUCGAUGGACUGCGGACACGAGGUGUUAUCUUGUCGCAGGAGCAACAAGAGUACCGUUCGGCGCGUGAGGAACUGGAGCGUAUAGCUAAAACAGACCCAACAGUGAAGGUCAACCCGAUUCCCAGUCCCGAUUAUAAUCCGAGCGUCGUAAACCAACCUUAA